AUGGGUGGUCCUAAGGCAUCGAAAUGCGGCACAUCGAGGGCGAGACCACUUACCCGUACCAGGGGCAGACCCCACAAGAGUGUCAUGCCAACUCUUUCUGAAACGAGCACAUCUGUGGCAGAAGGUGGUCCUGAGGCAUCGAAACGUGGCCCAUCGACAACGAGACCACUAACGCGUGCCACGGGCAGACCCACCAAGAGAGUCAAGGUUCGCAAAUCAGAUUUUGAUUUGGAGCAGCCUGAAGCCGAUGACAGGGACCUAACGACCCCUGAAAGCCACAUUCUGGGAACAACGACAGUGGACUUGCACUUUGCUCAACUCUACAGUGACGAAGUGGAACAAGUGCCAACAAACUGGACAGUUGGUAGGCUCAAAGAGAGGAUGCUGUCCAAGCUGCAGGGCAGGACAGCGGAGCCCAGUGUGCGCCUGCUGAAGAGGGGUUUAUAUCCCAUGGAUCGUCCCCUCGAAGAUGACAAGACGCUGAAGGAACAGGGUGUGAGGGGCGUCUGCACUGUUGCACUGGCUUGGCCAUGCUCCUUCCCGAAGGCUGCGGAGAGUGGUGAUGGGGAAGGAUUGGAGCAAAGGGAAGCAGUUGCACAGAACGAUGAUGGGGAAGGAUCGGAGCAAGGGGAGGCAUCUGCACAGGAUGGUGCUGGGGAGGGCUCAGAGCAGGAAGCGGCAGAGGAUGCAGUUAAUGAGGACGAUGUGCGGGAGGGCAUGCAGUACAAACCUCAAAUAGUGACGCCCACACUGACGGUCGGGGUACGAACAAAGUGGACGGAUGAUGAAGUGUGGGCCUUGGCCAAUGGCGUGGAGAAGCAUGGGUUCGGGAAGUGGAACCGCAUCCUGAACGACAACCCUGUAUUGAGGACACGUACGUACAUCCAGCUGAAAGACAAGUGGAGGAACAUAUCGAAGGUGAUGGCGGGGAAGGUGGCAGCACGCUCGCAGCAGUGGAGCCCAUCGCUUAGUCAGAAGCUGCACAAACUGUGCGAAUAG